UCCAGCAUGGCGGGUUUCCUGUCAAGGUGUACUGAAAAAAUCAAGUCUUGGAUUCACUGGUCCUGGACGUACCUGUUAGCUGUGUGGGUUGUUUUGGUUGUGUUUGUUGUUUAUAUUCUCCGAGGCCCCUUGAAAUUAAGUGAAAACUUCUCCUAUGCAACAAUGUUUCUGAAUACACUGACUCCAAAGUUCUAUGUGGCCCUAACAGGAACAUCAUCCCUUAUAUCGGGGCUUAUUCUGAUAUUUGAAUGGUGGUACUUCAAGAAGUAUGGAACCUCCUUUAUAGAACAGGUAUCACUUAAUCACAUAUCCCCCUUACUUGGUGGAAAUGACAACCCCAACCCAGAGAACAACAAUAGUUCCCCUCUGUCUCCCACCACGAAUUCUACUCACCAGCAGUCAAUGCCAGAAUGCAAGGUUUGGAGAAAUCCCCUAAACUUGUUCCGUGGGUCAGAAUACCAGAGGUAUACAUGGGCCAAAGGUAAAGAGCCCCUGACAUACUACGACAUGAACCUCUCAGCACAGGAUCAUCAGACAUUUUUUACUUGUGAGGCAGAUGCUGGGAAACCAGAAUAUGAAGUUAUGCAGAGAGCCUGGAGAGAGAGGAAUCCAGCCUCAAGAAUUAAAGCUGCUAAAGAUGCAUUGGAAAAAAACCCAGAUUGUCCGACAGCCAUGAUUUUAUUAGCAGAAGAAGACACAAGUUCUAUAGUGGACGCAGAGAAGAUGUUUAAACAAGCUUAUAAAGCAGCAGAAGUGAACUAUAAGAAAUCUAUACAGACCCAACAUCAGAGUUCUACAAAUGAGGCUGUUCAUCGAAGAGAUGUGAAUGUUUUAGUCUAUGUAAAGCGACGACUAGCCAUGUGUGCUAGAAAACUAGGUCGGACGAGAGAAGCUGUUAAAAUGAUGAGAGAGCUCAUGAAAGAAUUUCCUAUGCUCAACUUAUUCAAUAUACAUGAGAAUCUCAUAGAUGCAUUAUUAGAACUACAAGCAUAUGCUGAUGUUCAAGCAGUUUUAGCCAAAUAUGAUGAUAUAAGUUUACCAAAAUCAGCAGCAAUAUGUUACACAGCAGCAUUACUAAAGGCCAGAGCGGUGGCAGACAAGUAUAUUUCUUGUUCCAGAUUCUCACCGGACAUAGCCUCCAAGCGGGGCUUAAGUACGGCAGAAAUGACAGCGGUAGAGGCUAUACACAGAGCUGUAGAGUUCAAUCCACAUGUCCCAAAAUAUUUACUAGAGAUGAAGAGUCUCAUAUUACCUCCAGAGCAUAUCUUAAAGCGGGGAGACAGUGAAGCAAUAGCCUAUGCCUUCUGUCAUUUACAACAUUGGAAGCGAGUGGAGGGGGCUCUUAACCUCCUACACUGUACAUGGGAAGGAACCUUCAGAAUGAUCCCCUAUCCACUGGAGAAGGGGCACCUGUUUUACCCUUACCCCACCUGUACAGAGAAUGCAGACAGAGAACUCCUCCCUACUUUUCAUGAUGUCUCAGUGUACCCUAAGAAGGAGUUACCAUUCUUUAUUUUGUUCACAGCUGGUCUCUGUUCUUUUACCGCUUUAUUGGCUCUGUUAACUCACCAGUACCCAGAGCCUAUGGGAAUUAUUGCUAAAACGGUCCUCACUUGGUUGUACAUGCCCAUCAGCUACGUCCUGGAAAAGUUAGAAGCCAUCUUGCCCUCCAAUCUCCUACAUCAGCUAUCCCGCAUCUAAUCACCAUGACAACACACCAGAUGUAGCCAUUCUAUAUUUUUUUGUGCUUCAACUGGAGUGUUUAUAUUUUUCUGGCAUUUGUGAAAAAGAACACUAAACACAAUAGAGUUUAGGAUAGUUUAAUAAUAGGGUAUGUUGUUGGCAUGGUGCAAUUUAUGUUCUUUGUUUAGAAUUUUCUUCAACUUUUUUUCAUAAAACUCCUUGCUGUUUGACUUCUUUUUAAGGAGGAAUCUUUAUUUUUUAAAGUGAUCAUGUGUACAAUUUGUUAUGAGAUUUUUUUAAGGGGUAUUAUGACAGUGUGCUUAGGUAACACAAGGUUUGUUGAUUAUUCCCAAUGUUUGUUGUUUCAACAUAUCAAAAUUUCUUUCUAGCCUGUUAUAGUCUGAAGAUUGCAAAAUUUGAAUGCGUUUUUUUUUUUAAAACACACUAAAGAAAAGACUUCUUUUGCUUGUAAUGUUUUAUCUUGCCACUGAAACAGGUUAAGCAUUGAUAUAUUAAAGAAUUUCUCUUCAUUGAAAAAGAUAUUAAAACUGAAAAAUCUUUUAUGGAAAAAAAAGAAAAAAAAAAAGAGUAAGUGAAACUUUGUAGAUUAAUAUUUAAGUUUCAAACACAAAUCUACUGAAGAUGAGAAAUUGAUUUGCCAUUUGCCAUUACAAGCAAAAGAAGUCUUUUAUAUAGAAGGAACUGUUGGAGACAUUUUGAGGCAGCUUUACACCUAGUCCUUUUAUUUACAUGCUCUUGCUUUGGCAAUGACGUUUACAAACUGGAGUUUAUUCGUUAAAUUAACAGUGACCAGUCAUGUUUACUUCUAGAAAUUAAUAAAGUGAAUGGAUAGAUUUUUCAUUUAAAGCCAAUUAAAGGCUAUGCCUCUUUUUUUAUAGGUAUUUGAAAUAAGGGUAGAAAAAGGGUUUGGGGAAUUUUUCAUCUUUGGCUUUAUUUGUUUUGUUUUUUGUUUUCAACUACUGGUACAUUUAAACCAACAAAAUAACAGGAUACUAGUAGAAGUGGGACUAUGUUAAAACAUGGUGCAUACUGCAUUAUAUGAUUAUGUGACUAAAAACUUAAAUUAUUCAUAAAUUCUUUUUCACCUUUUCUACUAUUUCUGUAAUUAAUAUUUCAGUUUAAAAAAGAUGAACUGAUUUUUGUCAAAAACACUGAAAUUUGGAGUAGUAUAACAAGUGUUAGUUUUGUUAGUAAAAUUUGGACUUUUUUCAAUAAAAACAUUAAAAAGAAAGGAAGCCAAAUCUAGGCCAUUCAUAAAACAGCAAGAUCAUGAAUUUCAUAAUGUAUUGAUUUAUCUAACAUUUUUGAAAUUCUUUGCAUCAUAUAUUAGGAGAUUUUGGUUUUUCAUGCAAUUUCAUUCAUGUUGAAUCAAAAAGCAAACCUGUUUAUUUUACUGCAAAAACAUUUAAACAUUGUCAUUCUUGGGGUUUCUGAUUCAUUGAUCUGUAUGAUUUUCUUUUUUCGAGUUGAAGGUUUUAUAUAAGCAGAUUAGUGUCACACUGCAGCCUAAAGCCAAGCAGAACUUUUUUUUUUUCUUUUGGUCACAUUGGUGUAAAUCUGUUUACUUUCUCUGAAUACAAAACACAUUUACUGGUGAUUUUUUUCACCUCAAAAUCUGUAUUGUAAUUGUUUACAGAAAAAGAUUUCUUUAAAUCUGUGUCCCAAUGUGUUUUUGAAGAUGUAGACUUAUUUUUUAGAUUAUCUACAUUAUGGGUGUACUUUAAUUUUUCAGUGAGAAUAUAGUUGCUGUGUUUAUUUUUGAUGUUAGCUAAGUGCAGCAUAUUUUUUGUGAACAUUUAUUAACUUUCCAGCUAUGAUUGGCAUGGAUUGCCGUUUUUUCAUAAGGGUAAUAGUUCAACAAAGUAUUGUGAAGUGAUAGAGGAAAUUCGGGCAUUGUAACAUAAUACUAGAGUAUUAUUUGACCCUGGGUCCCACAGAAUGGACCAGUCGGGGUAAUAAACAAACAAAGCAAUGAU